CGGACACCGCGCCCAGCUCGACGCCAUGAGAUCAAGACCUAUCACCCGGUGUCAACGACUGUUUCGCAGCUCAAGCACAACGUCAAGCAGCACCCUACGUACACCACCGACCGGGAGUGAUGUUGAGGCUCUCGACGCUGGUGUCAAUGCCCUCACUUCAGUAAGCUCCGAACGCAGCACCGGAGGUUAUGGCCAACUGCAGGGUCUUUCAAUAGCCAUCAAAGACAACAUUUGCACAUCGUCUCUGCCGACAACAUGUUCCUCCGCCAUACUGCAGCAAUACCAGUCCCCUUUUGACGCAACUGUCGUCAGGCUUUUACGCGACGCAGGGGCCCAUAUCGUCGGAAAGACUAAUUGUGACGAGUUUGGAAUGGGUUCCCUGAACCUGAAUUCAGUACAUGGACCCGUCAUAAACCCUUUUCAAACCGCACCAAACGUCCCUGCGGCCCAGGUGGAACACAGAUCAGCAGGAGGCAGUUCUGGCGGAAGCGCUGCAAGCGUGGCUGCAGGCAUCUGCGACGCGGCUCUUGGUACCGACACUGGCGGGUCUGUGAGACUUCCCGCAUCAUACUGCGGCGUCGUGGGCUUGAAACCAUCCUACGGUAUUAUUAGUCGUUGGGGCGUCAUUUCCUUCGCAGACAGCCUUCGACUGCUCAAGGCGUUCACUCAUGUAGAUUUAGACACGGUAGCAACGUACGAUCCCCGGGAUCCCACUGCAGCUACUCCUGACUUGCGCGAGAGAGCACGCCAAUUCAAUAGCCCUUUUCUCUCUGUCACGACCUCAACGCAUCAACCACGUUCAUUAGAGGGCCUUCGGAUCGGGAUUCCUCUCGAGUACUUCCCCUCAGAACUUGAUCCUAGUAUCGUCGACGUUUUGCGCACUGUCCUCCGUCGUCUCGAAGAAGCCGGCGCAACUCUUACAUCGGUCACCGUUCCUGCAACACAGUAUACGCUUAGCGCAUACUAUGUAAUUGCGAGCGCGGAGGCCUCUAGUAACCUCGCCCGCUUCGACUCCGUCCGCUAUGGACUUCGCACCGCGCCACCACUUGGAGCCACCGCCUCCAAAUCCAGUGAUGUAUUUGCCCACUCACGUUGCGCUGGUCUUGGAAAAGAAGUUCAGAAGCGUAUUUUGCUCGGAACAUACGCCCUCACCGCCGAUGCUUUUGAUAACUAUUUCUUGCAGGCCCAGCGUAUCCGCGGGCAUGUCAGAAGAGACUUUGACAGAGUGUUUCGCCAUCCCUGCGCCCUGUUGGAGCGGCCAUUUCCUCCUGAGGAUGGUGUCGACGUCUUGCUCCACCCUUCCGCCAUUCGCACGGCACCUCCACUUGAUAGAACGGCGCAGGAAAGUCAUAGCGGUGAUAAAGCUGCUCUCGACCUGAGUGAGUAUUUACAAGAUAUUAUGACUGUGCCUGCGUCCCUUGCUGGGCUUCCUGCGCUCAGUAUCCCUGUUGGGACAGGGGCUGAUAGCUGGCCAGUGGGCGUAAGCGUAGUUGGCCAGUGGGGAUGUGACAACCUCGUGAUGCAUGUCGGGAAGGCAAUCGAAGAGCUGAGCUGAGAAAACAAUUCCUUUGUUCUGUCCUUCACUCCUCAAAGUAAGCGCGAGAUAUUGGAAUAGGAGGAAGUAUAUCUUGUCACUAGGGUGGUGAAUGUAAGUGUGCUCUGCGGGAACUAGAUAAACAGGUAGAUAGAUGGCGCGGAAUCUAUCGUCAGCGCAUAUUAG